AUGUCCUUCCACAUCGCUGUCCUGGACACGGACGUCCCCGUUCCAGCCGUCUAUACGCCCGCGGCCUAUAUUCGUCUCAAUUUCGCGAUCUCCUGCGAUCCGCCGCCGCACGACUCUCUGAAGCUGGACAUAAAAUCACCAUCUUCACCUCAGCAAAACUGUAACAAUGAAAAUGAGACCUCAAACCCGCUAGCACAGCCAAUCGACGGUAUCCUCAUCACCGGCGCAGCAGCAGGAGCCUACGAUGCACCGACACACCCAUGGAUUACACCCCUGGAGUCAUGGAUCCAAACAGUAUACACCCAAUACCCGCAUGUAAAAUUCUUUGGUUCCUGCUUCGGCCACCAGAUUAUCGCACAGGCGCUGCUCUCCACAUCGGCCCCGCAAUGUGCGCCGGGCCCCGCAAUGAAAGUUGAGCUUUGUCCGGAUGGGCGCGAAACGGGCCUCGUUCCUAUUGAUUUGUCGCCGGAGUUUGUGGCUUCGUUCCCGGAGGCGGUGGAUAAGCUCCCAGGUGCACAGAAGCAGAUGCGGCUGCAGGAGAUUCAUGGGGACUGGGUUGUCCCUGUGGCGGGACCGACUGCGGCGUUGCCGGCCGGUUGGAUCAAUGUUGGGUCCACGGAGCUGUGUCCAGUGCAGGGAUUGUACUGCCCUGAGAGGGUUUUGACAUAUCAGGGGCAUUUUGAAUUCGAUGUCUUUGUCAAUCGGGAGACGUGUCUGGCGUUUGGGAGGAGGUUAAAGUGGUCUGAGGAGGAAACUGCGCAUUAUGUGGGAUUGAUUGAGGGGAGAGGGGAGGAUGAUUCGAAAGUUGCGGCUGAGGUGGUUGCUACGUUCUUUUGUGGGUUGAAUAAGUGA